CGCCGUCCUCUCCCCCCCCCCGCCACACACCUAGGUGACACGCCACAAGAUACCAAGAUCCCAAGAACAAGCAAUCCCAUGUCUGAAAACCUUUAUAUAAGAUCCCCGGCCCCUCUCUCCUCCACUUGUACUCCACCACCCGAAGAUCGCCACGCGCGCGCACAGCUCGUCUCAAGCAAGAAACGUGAGAGGGAAGUUCGUCGAUCGACGACGAUUGAUUGAUUGACUGAUCCGACGACAUGGGGCGGCGGUCCAACGCCUCGCCGGCGGGUUCCGGGGAGCCGCUGCUGCCGGAGGCAGCACCACCAAAGGGCCAUGGCAGGGACAGGAGCGCGAUGAUGCAGCGGACGACGUCGCACGCGAACGACGAGCUGCAGUGGUUCCGGUCGUGCCUCCGGUGGGUGUGCAUGGACCACUCCGCCCCGGGCCGCGCCGCGCUCUCCUGGCUGCUCUUCCUCCUCCUCGCCGUCGUCGUCCCUGCCGUCGCGCACUUCCUGCUCGCCUUCCGCCCCUCGCGCCGCCCCUUCGACGCCGUCGUCCAGCUCUCGCUCUCCGCCGCCUCCGGUGCCAGCUUCCUCUGCCUCUCCUCCUCCUUCCGCCGCAUCGGGCUCCGCCGCCUGCUCUACCUCGACAAGCUGCAGACCAAGAGCGACCGCGUCAGGCUCAACUACACGGCGCGCCUCGCCUUCUCCUUCCGCCUCCUGGCGUCGCUCGUCGCGCCCUGCUUCGCCGCCGAGGCCGCCUACAAGGCCUGGUGGUACGCCACCUCCGCCGACCGCGUCCCCUUCUUCGCCAACGACGUCCUCAGCGACGUCGUCGCCUGCUCCCUCGAGAUGGCGUCGUGGAUGUACCGCAGCGCCAUCUACCUCCUCACCUGCGUGCUCUUCAGGCUCAUCUGCCACCUCCAGGGCCUCCGCCUCGAGGACUUCGCCGGCUCACUGCUCGUCGAGGUCGAGGAGGGCAGGAUGGGGGUCGAGCGCGUCCUCAGGGAGCACCUCGACAUCCGCAAGCAGCUCAAGGUCAUCAGCCACCGGUUCCGAAGGUUCAUCGUCGCCGCGCUGCUCAUCGCCACCGCCAGCCAGUUCGCAUCCGUGCUCCUCACCACCCGCCACGACUCCAUCGACGACCUCCUCCACACCGGCGAGCUCGCGCUAUGUUCAGUUGUGCUCAUGUCUGGGCUCACCAUAAUCCUGAGCAGCGCCGCCAAGAUCACUCAUCAGGCUCAGGCCCUCACAGGCCAGACCACCAAGUGGCACGCCUGCUGCACUAUCGAGCCAGCCCCAGAGGAAGAAGUCGAUCCUGGAUCCAACCACAACUCCAUGGUGGAAGAGUACUCGGAGUCUGAGAGCGACUGCGCAUCCAGCGAGGAGACCGGGGACGAUGACAUACUGGAGAACACCAGGUUCCUGCAGCCUCACUCAACCGUGAUCUCCUUUCAGAAGAGGCAGGCACUAGUGACCUACCUGGAGAACAACAAAGCCGGCAUCACGGUGUUCGGGUUCACGCUGGACCGGGCGUACCUCCACACGAUAUUCAUGCUUGAGUGGACGCUCUUCUUGUGGCUCCUGGGGAAAACAAUCGGGUUCUCGUGAAGACUGAAGACGAGGGAAUGCAUGUAUAUUGUCCUCUCCAAGUGCAUGGUUCGUUUAGUUUUCGCAGCCACAGGUUUGAUUUGGUUGCAUUUUUGUUCCGGGUGUGCAUUUUGGUCUGUGUGUGUGUGUGCACGUGAGUGGUAGUGCACUGUAUUUAUGCUAGCGAUUUGUGCGAUGAUGUGUAAAUUAUGGGUUGAUUGCUCGUGACACCCCACGGUACAAAGGUGUAUGUAAAAUUGUAGAUGAGUGUUGUAGAUAUUAG